AUGGCGGACGAGAUAAAAAUCGACAAAGCCACAUUUUUCAAUCGCCUAUCUACGUUCUAUUCAGCAUGGAGGGCUGAUAAACGAUUGUCGAAUCCAGUUUUUGGUGGUGUUGGGUCGAUUGUGAUCUUGAUGGGGAAAACAGAAGACGCGAAUUCCUUCCAAAAAAAUAAUGCUAUGCACUUCUGGCUGCUUGGUUAUGAGUUCCCCGCGACUCUCUUCGUUUUCACAACCGAGGCUAUGGUGGAAAGAUACCAAUUUGAAAUCCUCGUCACCACGAAAGACCCUGAGCAGAAAGCAAAGGUUUUCGAGAAAUGCUUGGAUGUCAUAAAAAGCGCAGGGAAGAAAGUAGGUACAUUGCCUAAAGAUAUGUCUACCGGCCCUUUCGUCGAGGAAUGGAAACGUCUGUUUAGCGAAAUAUCAAAGGAGGUAGAGGAGGUUGAUAUUGCUCCCGCGCUGUCAUCCGUUGCAUUCGCUGUUAAAGGCCCGGAAGAGCUGAUCUCGAUGCGAAACGCCUCUAGAGCUUGCAGCGGUCUCAUGUCGGAAUACUUUGUGGAUGAAAUGUCCCAGCUUCUCGAUGAAGAGAAGAAGAUAACUCACAAGGAGUUAGCAACUAAAGUGGACGCAAAAAUGGAUGAUGCCAAAUUCUUCAAGAAGCUUGCCAAACUGCCCCCAGAGUUUGAUCCACAACAAAUUGACUGGGCUUAUGGCCCCAUCAUCCAAAGUGGCGGGAACUAUGAUCUUCGGUUUACUGCUGUUCCUGACUCCAACAACCUUCAUACUGGUAUUAUAAUCGCGGGGUUUGGUAUUCGCUACAAGACUUACAGCUCCGUAAUCGCACGGACGUUUUUGGUCGACCCUAGCAAAUCUCAAGAGACCAACUAUGCUUUUUUGCUAAGUAUCCACGAUGCUGUCAUGAAAGAUAUCCGCGAUGGGGCCGUGGCUAAGGACCUGUAUAAUAAGGCGCUUGGAAUGAUAAAGGCCAAAAAGCCAGAGUUGGAGAAGCAUUUCCUUAAGAAUAUCGGUGCCGGAAUCGGAAUAGAAUUGCGGGAUCCCAAUAUGAUUCUUAAUGGUAAAAAUAAUAAAGUCCUUAAGAGCGGAAUGACACUGUGUGUCAUGAUCGGCUUCACUGAUGUUCAAGACCCGGACCCGAAGGACAAGAAAAAUGAAUCUUACUCCAUGGUUAUCACGGACACAGUUCGAGUUGGCGAAAGUGGUCCCCAUAUCUUUACGAAGGAUGCAGGAAUUGACAUGGAUUCAAUCUCCUUCUACUUUGGUGAUGAAGAAGAGACUGAGAAACCAAAAGUCAAAAGCGAAGCCUCGAAGUCUAGUGCUAUCGCUAGCAAAAACAUUACGAAAACUAAAUUGAGAGCUGAGCGGCCAACGCAGGUAAACGAAGGCGCAGAAGCCCGUCGACGUGAGCAUCAAAAGGAAUUGGCUGCGAAGAAACUUAAAGAGGGCUUGGAACGUUUUGCUGGAACCACAGGCGAUCAGAAUGGGACAUCACAGAAAAAGUUCAAAAGGUUUGAAUCCUACAAACGAGACAACCAACUCCCCAUUAAAGUUAAAGACUUGGCGGUAUACGUUGACCACAAAGCCUCAACUGUGAUUGUUCCUAUUAUGGGCCGCCCCGUCCCAUUCCACAUCAACACCAUAAAAAAUGCGAGUAAAAGCGAUGAAGGGGAGUAUGCAUACCUGCGUAUCAACUUCCUAUCUCCUGGACAAGGUGUAGGUAGGAAAGAUGACCAGCCGUUUGAAGAUCCGUCCGCGCACUUCGUGAGGAAUCUGACCUUGAGAUCGAGGGACAACGACAGACUCGCGCAAGUUGCGCAAGAUAUUACAGAGCUUCGGAAAAAUGCACUCAGGCGCGAGCAAGAAAAGAAGGAGAUGGAAGAUGUUGUUGAGCAGGACAAACUUGUUGAAAUUAGAAAUCGGCGGCCUGCGAAGCUUCCCGAUGUCUAUCUUCGACCUCCAUUGGACGGAAAAAGAGUGCCAGGAGAAGUCGAAAUUCACCAGAACGGUCUCCGAUAUCAAUCGCCACUGCGUACUGAGCAUGUUGAUGUUUUAUUCAGCAACGUUAAACAUUUGUUUUUCCAACCGUGCGCACACGAAAUGAUCGUGAUUAUCCAUGUCCACUUAAAAACCCCUAUCAUGAUCGGUAAACGGAAGACUAAGGACGUUCAGUUCUACCGGGAAGCUACGGAAAUGCAGUUUGACGAAACUGGAAACCGUAGACGGAAACACCGUUAUGGGGACGAAGAGGAGUUUGAGGCUGAGCAGGAAGAAAGACGCCGUCGACUUGCAUUGGAUCGAGAAUUCAAGGCGUUUGCUGAGAAGAUCUCAGAUGCUGGCAGGGACGAAGGUGUUGACGUAGACGUUCCGUUCCGAGAAAUCGGUUUCAACGGCGUCCCAAACCGCUCUAAUGUGCUGAUCCAGCCGACCACGGAUGCGAUUGUUCAACUGACAGAGCCGCCGUUCCUGGUGGUGACGUUGAGCGAAAUUGAGAUUGCCCAUUUAGAACGCGUUCAGUUUGGGCUCAAAAACUUUGAUAUGGUAUUUGUUUUCAAAGACUUCCACCGACCUCCGGUUCAUAUCAAUACAAUCCCCGUUGAAUCACUGGAAGGUGUCAAAGACUGGCUUGAUUCCGUCGACAUUGCGUUUUCUGAAGGGCCUCUCAACCUUAACUGGGGCGCCAUUAUGAAAACAGUCACCAGUGAUCCGCACGGCUUCUUCGUUGACGGUGGUUGGUCCUUUUUAGCUCAGGACUCCGACUCGGAAGAAGAAGAAGAAGAGGAGGAAUCUGCGUUCGAGAUGUCAGACUCCGAACUCGCCGCUUCUGAUGAGAGCUCUGAAGAUGAUAGCGAGUUCGACGAUGAAGCUAGUGCAGAGGCCAGCGAGGCAUUUAGCGGCGAUGAGGAUGAUGAGAGCGCCGGUGAAGACUGGGAUGAGCUUGAGCGGCAGGCAAAGAAGAAGGAUCGCGAAAGCGGUCUUGAUGACAGCGAGAAGGGGAAGAAGCGGAAACGAUGA